AUGAAGAUGGGAGCAGCUGGCUCAUCAAAGAGAAGGUUGUCAAGCAGAGGGCUUGGCGGAGCUCUGAGGGAACAGAAAGCCAGGCUCUACAUUUUCCGGCAAUGUGUCGUCAUGCUUCUUUGCUGGCAUGACUGA